AGGGUAUUAUAACAAUAGGAACCUGGGAAGUUGUGGCUGAAUCCCAGUCCCUAGUGCGACCGGGACCAAUUCUUCUCCCGUCUCUGGUUGUGUGGAACAACACGUUGAUACUUCAUGGCGGUUUAACGAAUUACAACCGUAAUGGCCUAAUGGACGCAAGCAAUCGACAGCUUUUCUGCACGCUCUGGAUGUUCGAUUUUCACACGCGCAGAUGGACGCGGCACCAGAAUGUCAUUAAUGUCUGCCUUCUGGAGAGUAUGCUGCUGUCAGUGUUGGGCUCAAUUAUUCACCGUCCUCGAGCAAUACUGUUUGGAAAUCAGUCGCAGAUUGUAAUCCACUUCUUGCAGGGCUCGUACCUCUGCAAUCUAAGCAGUUCUUCAAGUGAUACUCCUCAAUGCCGACUGGCUGUGUCACGUACUUCAAGUAAGAAUACAAGGACACCGGAGAUUGGGCAAUUCUACGCCGUCAGCGCAACUUCGGGUGCCUUCUACAAGAUAGGGAAGCAAGUGUUUAGCUUGACAGUGAAGACGUCGCUGGAAAUUCCUGUGAAAGGCUCGCCUUCAGUCGUGGGACAUGAAUUCGUGGAGAAGAACCUUUUCACAUCGCACUCGCCGGGCCUUCUAUUUCCUGGACAACUUGGUUGCCUGACACCCACACCAGUUGUUCAAGGUCGAGGUGGUCAGGAGCGCGUCAUGUUUUUCCCAACAUCGAAAUGUUUUCUUGAAACUGAGCGGCAGGUUCCAAGGUGGGAUGCAGGGCUCUAUGACUGGACACCCGUUGUGUCGACUCUGACCGUGCAGACCGAUGAGUACGAGGUCAUGGCCCUGAGGAAUUGCCACAGCAGGGUCUUCAAGAGUGCUUCAUCAACGAGUCUGUCAAUUCGUACCGCCAUUCUGUUCGGAUAUGGCUACAAAACGAUUCACGCUACGGCCGCGACCUCCAUCACUUGGUGCAUAGGAAUUGGGCAUAAUAGAUGUGAUGAAUUUGUGGACAAGGGGAAGGCAGGAUCUCCGUCGAUGCGGUAUGAGCACGUUGCGGUUCGUCUUGACGACAGACGUCUUCUUGUUUACGGUGGUAAAGAAAAGAGCACAGCUCACGCUCUAUCCGACGUUUGGAUAUUGCAUCUGACACACGAUCACCGCUGCGAAGGAGAAUGGAAGAAAAUACAACCGCACAGUGUUGUCGGUGGUCCUCUGGCAAAGCGUUAUGGUCAUGCGGCAAUGACACAUGCAGAUUUGCACUAUGUGUUCGGCGGUCACGUUAGUCCCCGUGCUUGCAGCGAAUCUCUCACAGUUCUCAGGGUGGUGAUGUGCAACAGCACAGAAACCCUGCGAGUUCGGCGUAUCCCUCUAACGUCAUGCGUGCUGACCAGACGCUACGCCACCCUAACACGGUACAACCAGAACGGAUUGUUAAUUUUCGGAGGGGAUAAGGCUACACUGUCACAACUCAUUCUGUUGAACUUCAGCUCUAUGCACACAGUGGCAAAACUAUUACCACUUUUCACUUACAGCUACAUACGUAGACAUCACGUGGUAAGAGGAGAAAAACUCUAUUUGUUCGGUGGUGAGAGUGGAUCGCACGCCAUUAGGGGGUCGUCUAGGCAGAAGUAUAUGACGAUAACUGAGGGUCUUUGUCCGAAAGGCUAUCAACUGUUGAACGCAACCUGCCAGCCUUGCCAGAGGGGAGCAUUCUCGGAUUCGCUGGAAGGCGGGUGCUGGCCGUGUCCGAACUUUACGACAAGCGAAGCGGAAGGCUCCGAAUUUUGCAUUGCUCUGUCUCCCUGCCGCGGUCAGCUGUGCAGUGGGCAUGGUGUGUGUGUGGUAGACGAAAACCUAAUACCUGUGUGUCACUGUAACUUCGGUUUCGUGCCAUACGAUAACUGUCGCGUGCCGCUAGUCAGCCUAUCCAUUGCGACGGCAAUCCUCCUGUUUGUGUCGGCCAUUGCUCUUGCUACCCGAAAGUACCACAACAGAAACCAGCAACUCAAGCUCAAGGAGAGAGAACUGCAGGACAAACACAAGAGUAUGCGACUGUAUCAGAAGAAGCUAGACCAAAUCAACAUCGGGGCAAGAAUACAGUGGUCAUCGCUCAACCGCACCAAGAAACUGGCCAGGGGCUCUUUCUCGCAAGUGUGGCUAGCAGAGUUCAGCGACAUGUUGGUAGCUGUGAAAGUACUACCAAAAUACACAGGUAGAAACAUUUCGCUGACUGAUCAUUUUAUCCAAGAAGCUGAAGUACUCCGUUCAAUUCGUCAUCCUAAUAUCGUCAUAUUUCUGGGAGCCGGCACUGACCACGCAAGUAAACGACCGUUUCUCGUCAUGGAGUACUUGCGGCGCGGCUCGCUCUAUCACGUGCUCCACGACAGAGACAAUGUCUUCACACAUCACGAUCGCUUGAGGUUCGCCCUGGACACGGCCCGCGGGAUGGCAUAUCUGCACGGCUCCAACCCGCCACGUCUGCACAGAGACCUGAAGUCUCCCAACCUGCUAGUCAGCGACAAGUGGGUGGUGAAAAUCGGAGACCUGGGCACGUCACGGUUCAUGGCGAUUCUAGAUCCUGACAAGGCUGGCGACCAGACGACCCACAGCUCAGCUCCUGCGACCCCAACAACUAUCCCCACGGAUACACAAGGCGAUGAAAAUCUGCUCGCUGAGGCAGCCGAACAGAUUCCAACUGAACCUGCGCGUAUCGUGACAAGCGACUCCGGGAAUCCCGGGGUGAAUACAGAACAAGAGGAAACCAGUCUGUCAACUCCUUUGCUUACGGACAUCUCUACAAACCAUGGUGAGACGUACCAGCGCUAUUCUGCAUCGGUGAUGACCCGUGAAGUGGGUACACUGAGAUGGAAAUCACCCGAGACUGUGCGGGGAGAGCAUUACAACGAGAAAGCCGACGUAUACAGCUUUGGAGUGGUGCUGUGGGAGAUAUUCACUCGCCAAACACCGUAUGUCCAUCUUAAGGGCGAGGGAGAGGUGGAGGUGGCAAUCGCCCGUGGCCACCAGCUGCCACUGCCACCUGGCAUGCCAUACGACUAUCGUCACCUGGUGGAAGCGUGCCUGCGACCCACCGCCACGGAACGACCAAAUUUCAGUGAAAUCCCCCACGACCUUGAGACCCAGCAAGCUAACGCCUGACGGACAUUUGCACAGAGUACACAGAGUACAUUGUACGUACACCAGCGCACAGUGUAUAAGAAACACAAUUACUACUACUUCCGUACAUGUAUGUAUGUAGAUUCUUUGUAGAUUCUUUUUAGAUUCUUGUUCAACUAUCAUCGCAUAUCCUUCUCAUCGCUAUUCUUGCACUGGACUUGUACUGUAUGAAAAGGAUUGUCUCUUAUUACAGACCCCCCCUCCUCUUUCUCUCUCUCAGCACGAACGUCUGACCCAGAUUUACAACACAUUUUAAAGUGCGGGCCCAUUCUUGUCCAUAAUAGUUUCAAGGCGUAUGGACAUGUUAAUCACGUUUGUAUCCCCUGGUUUUCUUGAAUUUUCUGAAGCAUUCUGCACAUCUCCGGUAACCAAUUCACGUCUUUCUACAAGACAGUAUGUUCGUAGUGAAAGCCUCCUUGAAAGCCUCCAACUUUUAGGCAUACCACUUCAAAAAUAGAUUUACAUGUACAUGUACUUGUAUAAUAAAGAUACGGAAACGCAACAGGUGAUGCGAAUUGCGCAUUGGCCAGAGUUUGGCAUUAGUAAGUUUUUUUUCGUUGCUAUCUCGACAGAUUGAUUGUAAUGGCAAAGCUGAAUCAAUGUGCUAAGAUAGAAAAUACCAAAUUCAUGAUCAGAGAACCCUGUAGUGUAAAGCGACGGUUAUGUUGUCAUCUGUUCGACCCUCUUUGACGCUGUAUAUAAUUAUACAUGUACAUGUACUGCUGAGGCAACCACCUACACUACAUGAUUGUAAAUCUAUUUUCAUCGUUUUAUUGCACAUUGUCUCCACCGUUUUACAUUGCAUGAACAAAGUAUACACAAAUUUCGAUUCAGCUUGUCUUAUUGAUUGCGGUUUUCAAAUCUCUCCUGCUUGGUUACCUUCCCUCGCCUCUUUUUCCUUAUUUCUUUUCUUUUCUUGCUAUGCUUGGAUAUCACCCCUCUCUCGCACUUUGUGUGCCAAUUGGUCAUGUACCACGAGUUGAGUGGAUUAAAAUAAAAUAAAAAUCGAACACCCGUGAA